GCACCGGUUUCGCAAUGUACCGCGGAGCACACGCCCAUUGAGCAGUCCUUGCACACAUCGCGAUCGGAUACUCGGAGGGCAGAACCCUGUGUAGCUCUGGCAGAACUUUUCUGUUGUGGAACGGCAUUUUUCAAAGGUUAAAAGCUGAAGUGCCAGCAGUGCCAAGGGUAUUAUAGAAGCAAAAAAUGUCAGACACAUAUUGUCCACUCAUCCAAGAUAUGGUGAAGUCCAAUGAAACAGUGAAGCAGGUUAAUAUGGUUACAGUGAGUAUCCAUGGCCUGGUCUCAGCCUUCGGAAUUUUUGAGAACCUUCUCAUUCUAUGGGUCAUUGGCUUCCAUGUUCCAUAUUCAGUCCUUAGCAUCUGGAUCCUCAACUUGGCUGUGUCUGACCUGCUUGCCACUGCCUCCCUGCCCAUCUUCACCUACUACUUAGCCCAGGGCAGCACCUGGAAUAUGGGACCCAUCUUCUGCAAAAUCCAUUCUGCCAUCUUCUUCCUGAAUAUGUUUGUCAGCGGCUUUCUGCUGGCCACCAUCAGUCUGGACCGCUGCCUGGUGUGUCUGCGACCUGUCUGGGCUCAGAAUUUCCGGGAUGUGCGGAUGGCAGUGGUGGUGUGCAUUAGCCUCUGGAUCUUGGCAUUCCUCAACACUGUGCCCUAUUACCUGUUCCGAGGUACCAUUAAGCGGCAGGAUGACCGAAUCAUGUGUUAUUACAACUUCAUGCAGUUCGCAAGGGAAGGAAAUUCCACGGAGGAUUGUGGAAUCUGGCAGGAUGCCACAGCCAGCAGCAAAUUCAUCAUUGCCUUCCUGCUUCCUUUGGUGGCCAUUGUGGGGAGUUAUGUGACUGUCAGUUCCAGUAUCACUCGGCGUGGCCGGCGCCGGACCUACCGCUUCUUCCGCCUAGUGGUGGCAGUAGUGGUGAGCUUCGUGCUCUGCUGGGCACCCUACCACCUUUUCUGCCUGUUGGAGGCAAUAGCACAUUACCGGCCUGAGCUGCGGCAAUUCGUGGCCCGGGGGAUGCCCGUGGCGGCCAGCCUAGCCUUCAUCAACAGCGUGCUCAAUCCCGUGCUCUAUGUGUUCAGCUGCCCCGACUUCAUGGCCAAGAUCCGGCAGUCUCUGAGCAAGGUGAUGGAAUCCGUGCUGGUGGAGGACCUGGAUGACGUGUGUCGCCGGCGUAGCACCACCCGCUCCUCUGUCAGCGAGCUCCUGCAGCGAGGACAACGGUUAUGCUCAGCCCCCAGCCACAACAACAGCGUUGGGCAAGAUGAGGAUCCCUCUGUUUUCUAACGCAGUGUUUCCCGACCCAGUGCUCAAGGACCCCCAGAUAGUCCAGAUUUUUGCUCCCUUUCAGACAGUCCACAUUUUUGCUCUCUCCCAGCUCCCAGUAAGCAAAAGCAUGGACUGUAUGGUGGAACCAGUUUAGGAAAGACUGUUAUCAGGGUUUGCCACCCAUUAAUGGACUGACUGGUCUAGGAAGACACCUGUGCUGAUGCUGUGAUGUUCUCCUCUUCACUUUGCUUAGGCCUUACCUGUUUGACACUUGCCUUGCCUCUAUGCCUGUUUACAUACAGUUCCUCUGUGAUGAUCAUGCUAGUGCCUCCAUGGUUGUGCUGAAGGAGUCCAGUGUGAUAGCAAUUGAAGUAAUAGUAUUUUAAAAGAUUAUAGUAUUAUGCAGUUUGCGUUCCAUGUGUAGGUUUCCGUGCUGUGCUCUGUGCGUCUGUCAACUACUUGUAGAAGAAUAAUCAAAUAAAAAAGCCAAGUAAUCUUUUCAGGUGCACAACCAAGGUGAACUACAUCACACUUUUGUACUGCAACUUCGUGUGAUAUGUUUGUUAAUGUGUCUAGUACUUUCCCAAAUGGUUUUUACACAUUGAUUUUAUACAUCUUAUGAAUAUACUGUAUUUACAACUAGUAUAAAAUUAAAUAUAAAAGGGAUACCCUAAA